CGUCAAUUUGGAGAUUCUACUUUAUUCCAAGACCAAAACGACAACAGCUGUGUAUCCUACACACACCACAGUUUUCUCCUGAAUUUAAAGAGUAUCUUUUAGAAUCUUCUGUGUUGAACAGAAAAUACAUACACAGCAAUGGUUGGAUGCGUCACUUCGGGGGUUUCCCAGCUCUUCAGCACUUUGUCUUUGAUAAGCUGGAUCUGUGCACAGGCACCCCAGAUUUUUUCGAACUAUACCACGAAGUCAACCGAAGGAAUCUCGCCGCUGUUCCUUCUACUAUGGUUCAUGGGUGACUUUCUCAGCUUCACUAGUUGUCUUCUCAAUGAUGCAGCUCUAAGCUUUCAAAUCUACUUGAGCAUGUUUUUUUUAGCAAAUGACUUGACGUUGUGCUACCAAUACUAUUACUAUAACAGCAUCUACCCACGAAAAUACUUAGUCCAGGUGGCAAAAGGAAAAAGUAUUUGUAAUGACUCGGAAGCACUGAACCUGACGGAGAUUUACAAAGAAGCAGGGGCCAUAAAUAUUCGCCACGGAAGAACCACAAGAAAAUAUUCACCUGAUUAUUCCCUUCUAUUGAACCUGGGAAGAACGUCCAAAGAAUCCAUUCAUAGCCCCUCUUCCAGUCUUUCAUCUGCGGGAAUUAGCCCAAGAGGGACCACGGGUUUUGGUGCCGCAGGAACGUCGCCGAAAUGGGGGAAAAUCGCAACUGCAGCAGGGACUUUGAUGAAUCUUGGCGUCACACAGGCCAAAGCCACCGGUGAUAUAUCCGGGGCUUUGGUUCUGUCAUACAAAGAGAUUCUUGGGCUUGUGCUUGCCUGGGGCUGUACGUGCGUAUAUGUGAGCUCACGGUGUCCGCAGCUCUACAAGAACUAUCUUCGGAAAUCCGUUGAUGGAAUUUCACCACUUCUCUUUGGCUCAGCCCUCCUUGGUAAUUUGAUGUACACAUCAUCUGUGUUGACAAGUUGUGAGUUUGUGUCAUCAGGUGACAGAAUGUCCUUUUUUUGGAAGCAGUUGCCUUAUUUGUUGGGCAGCUCAGGAACCAUAGUCUUUGACAUUGGGUACUUUUACCAGAGGUACAUAUACAGAAAUGCGGCUCGUGAUAACACAGAAAUGGGGCUAGAGAAUUGGGUGGAGGAGUAUUAGCUGUUCUUCAGCUCGGUCCAUUUAAUCUUAGUAAAAGGGUUCUGUGGCAGAAUGAUGUGCCAUGUUCGGAUGAGUUCUUUGCAUCUACAUAUGUUGGCUAGUCGAAAGGUCAGAGUUUUAAUAGAGGGAUAUGUUCACAACAAUGAACUGAAAUAAUGAGUUAGAAACACAUAUGGUACUUUAAUAUUUGAAAUACCGAUAUUGCUCUGUUAAUCAAUGUCUUCAACUGUGCUACAGUGUAACAUAAUAGCCCAAGCUCAAAGGUGUGAGAGAGUGAAAAUAGUAUGAAUGUCAAAAAGGGUUGAUGUAAAUCACUGACGUCGAAACCCAAUGAGGUUUAAGUUCUUCGAAGAUCGGUA